CGCCACCGCUGCUUUCGUUUCGUGGUCGGUCCAACCCUAGUCGAAGGCGGCAUGGAGAAGGAGAUCGUGGCUAGGUUGGAAGCGGCGGUGGCGCGGCUGGAGGCUCUCGCGGCCGCCGGAUCGCUUGCGGCUCCGGCCGGCGUCCCCGACGCUGCCCUCGCCGUGGACCCCGCCGUCGUCGCCUUCGAUGAGCUGGUGGAGAGGUCCCUCGGCCGUCUCUCCGCCGCGGCCGACAAAAUCGGGGGAAAGGUCCAGGAGGCCACCAAGAUCCUGGCGGAGGCCUUCGCGGUGCUCAAGGAGCUCCUCGUCAAGGCCAAACAGUGCCAGAAACCUGACCUUGCUGGUUUACAAGAGUUCCUAAAACCACUGAACGAAGUGAUCCUUAAAGCAAGUGCCUUGACAGAAGGAAGGCGUUCUGAAUUUUUCAACCAUUUGAAGACGGUUGCUGAUAGUCUUACGGCUUUGGCGUGGGUAGCUUACUCAGGAAAAGAUUGUGGCAUGAAUAUGCCAACUUCACAUGUGGAAGAAUCUUGGCAGAUGGCUGAGUUCUAUAACAACAAGAUUCUUGUGGAGUACAGAAAUAAAGAUGCGAACCAUGUAGAGUGGGCUAAAGCUUUGAAGGAGUUGUACCUGCCUAGCUUGUGGGACUACGUCAAAAGCUUUUAUCCACUAGGUCUCACUUGGGGCUCUGCUGGUAGUGCAGUUGUUUGUUCAUCAGCAUCUGCUCCUUCUGUGGCAAAAGAUCCCCCACCACAGGCUCCUGUUCCUCCGCCUCCUCCCUCAGCAUCACUUUUUACCUCUGAAGCUGCAUCAUCACGACCCAAGGAAGGAAUCUCUGCUGUUUUUCAAGAGAUCGGCUCCAGCAAAUCUGUAACUGCAGGUUUAAGGAAAGUCACUGAUGAUAUGAAGACCAAGAACCGAGCUGAUAGAAGUAGUGUUGUUGCUGUCACAGAGAAAGGUUCUCGUGCCAAUUCAUUUUCCUUCCGUAAAGAAGGCCCCCCCAAGUUGGAGCUUCAAAUGGGUCGCAAAUGGGCUGUUGAAAAUCAGAUUGGCAAGAAGAACCUGGUUAUUGAUGACUGUGAUUCUAAGCAGACUGUAUAUGCAUAUGGGUGCAAAGACUCUGUUUUACAAGUCAAAGGAAAAGUAAACAACAUAACUGUUGAUAAAUGCACCAAGAUGGGUAUCGUCUUUAUGGAUGUUGUAGCAGCCUGUGAAAUUGUGAAUUGCAAUGGUGUUGAAGUGCAAUGUCAGGGUUCAGCACCGACAAUAUCAGUUGACAAUACAUCUGGCUGCCAAUUGUACCUUAGCAAAGAUUCAUUGGGGGCUUCAAUAACCACAGCUAAAUCAAGUGAAAUCAAUGUAAUGGUUCCUGGGGCUGGCCCUGAGAGUGACUGGGUGGAACAUGCAUUGCCCCAGCAGUUCGUCCACACUUUCAAGAACAGCCAGUUCACGACAUCAGCGGUUUCACACUCUGGUGGUUAGUAGCCAUGUUUAAUCACCAUAUUCCCCCAUGAUAAAUACAUAUAGCCAUAGUAUUGGAUUGGAAGGAACGAUGAAGCGGAGAGCCACUCGAAUGUUCUUUUGUGUGUUGAUUGCUACAUGUGAACUCGUAAAUUUGGAUUCUGUUAAAAUGUAUUAUUCUUGUAACGGUUUCUUUUAUUAUUUCUUUGUUUUGUGUCGUAAAAUUAAUUUUACAUGGCCCUUUUUGUACCAACUAUGUUUACCAAAGGCUUAGUAUCCUCCUUUGUUGCUUG